AUGAUCCCCACGGAAUUGGUGCUGCCGCUGGGAAUUAGAACUGUAAAUGCCUUCAAAGAUCCAGAAGCAAUACCACGGCCAAUAACCCAGCUGUCAUGGUCGCCAGAUCAGGGGAAGCGAUUGGCUGCCUCGUAUUGCUUUGCUGAGUUUCAAAGAGUCUCUUCAGAUCUCAAUUCGUGCUCGUACAUCUGGGAUAUUGAAAAUCCGAACGUGGCAUUCAUGGGCUUAAAAGCUGUGGAUUCUUUGCUAACCAUUCAAUUCAAUCCUCACGAUCCGUCAAUGUUGAUUAGUGGUUUGAUGUCGGGACAAGUUUGCAGCUGGGAUAUUCGGACCAGUGAUACGCCUAUUUUUAUAUCACAUCUACAAUACAGUCACAAAAAUCCAGUGAAUUGCAUACUUUGGACAAAUUCAAAAACAAACACUGAAUUUUUUUCCGGAUCAACAGACGGCACUAUUUGCUGGUGGGAUAUCAGAAUGUUAAGAAAGCCAACAGAGAUUUUAAUAAUGGAUUUAGAGAAUCCAAUUCGCGGUGACACGGUAAAAGCCGUGGGAGUGUCGUCUCUGCAAUUCGAACCGACGAUCGGGACGAAAUUUAUGGUAGGAAUGGAAAACGGAAUUGUAGUAAGUGGAUCUAGAAAGGGUAAAAAUCCGGUUGAGAAAAUGUCGAUGCGGUUCGAUUGUCACUGCGGACCUGUGGUUGCGAUUGAUAGGAACUCAUUUGCCACCAAGAACUUUCUUACAAUCGGCGACUGGACUACUAAAAUUUGGGCGGAGGACACCAAGGAGGGCAACCUUAUCUCCACUACGCACCACAGAUCCAUUCCAGCUGGCGGAUGCUGGAGCACGUCACGUUACUCCGUGUUUUACGUUAUAAAUAACGAUGGCAUGAUACAAGUGUUUGAUGUAUUAGUCGGGAUUAAAGACGCUGUACUAAGUUCGCGUGUUUGCAAAGAAGGCCUCACUGCAAUAGCGGCCCAUCAACUCGGCAAAUUUAUUGCCGUCGGUAAUAAUAUCGGGACUAUUUUGAUCCUUGAAGCUUCUGAGGCAUUAACUACCAACGGACCUAAUGAUAAGAAUCUCAUGGCCACGUACUUGGAGAGAUGUAGUCGUCAUGAAAAAGCAGUAGACAAUCGGUUAAAGGAAACUCGCCUUAUGCAAAGAGUUGCUUAUGCCGAGUCUGAACUCGCUAUUCCUUCUGCCAGAGUGAAAGCUAAGGACAAGAGUUUACAGCGCAAGUCAAUGCCAAAGGAUAAGAAAUUUGAAGAGAGGAGAAAAAGCGAAAGAGAUAGGAAGAAAAUUCGGAAAAAAUCCAAGGACAUUUGGCAGGUUGGAGAUCCAAAAUUGAUUGAAGAUGAGAGAAAUUAUUUUGAAACGCUGGUAAAGGAAAAGGAGAAAUAUGCAAAUGCGAUCGAUGGGGAAAAGCCGAUCGCCAGGAAAGGCUAUUCUGUAUUUUCAAUGAAAGAAUCAUCAAUUAAGCGUGGAAAGGAGGAUUUACGAGGAGAUAAGAUGUUGGGAAAUAUAAAAAGCGGAACGCGAAAAGAGAGAUCUUCUAAAGGAGUUGGCGGCGUUAAGGAUAAGAAAACAACCGGCAGAUUUUCUAAAAUGAAAGAGAUUAUAAUAGUGAGGAAAAACUCGGAUAUAGUCGAGGGAGAGAAAACCGAGGGUAAACUAACAGAGGAGAUACUUGACGAGAUAGAAAAGAUAGGAAUAACUGGAGAAGAGGGUGAGUUGGACGGGAGCGAAAAAUAUCUGGAGCAAACGACGUCAGAUGAAGAUGACAAAGACCCCGUUGGUGGUGUUGGUAGUCGAGGGAAAAAAAUUAUUGUAAGGAAUAAAAAAAAUGGGCUUAAGUAUCGUGAGAAGCGGAAACCGCUUUUUAAACUGGAUAAAAAAUUUAAAAUCCUUGAACCUGGAGAUCAACCUUACGAUUGUGAUUCGAUCUGCGGUGAUUUUAUAGUUGAAUCCAAACAAGCUACCGACGAUGAAUAUGAAGACAUUGAGGAUGCUGACGAGAGGGAUUCAUUGUUAGAGUUUGAAGAGGCGAAAAUUAAAGGGCUGGUUGAGGAAAUGUAUGCAGGCUUGUCCAAAAAUUUACUGCCGCUGGAAAAGACACUUAGCAGAGAGGAGAAAGAGUUCAUUUUUAUGCUAAAUAAUGCAAAGCCGAAUGUUUUGAAGAAGGAGCUGAGGAAAAUAAACAAGCGGAAGCUCGAGGGCACUUUCGAGACUGAUAAAAUCGUUGAGCAUCAAAAACUAUCGGCGAUUGGUGGGAAAGAUCCAGAUAGAAAGAAAAUGUCGGUCAAAUUUUCAGUUUCUGAUGCAGCUGAGCCGGAAAAAACCAGAAAUUUGAGUAGCAAUGAUGAAAGUCUUCAAAAAAUCAAAGGCAGAAAAUCAAAGGCUGAUGAUUGCAGUCCGAUCGCGACGACUUUUGGCCCGGAAGAAAUUUUGGGGGUUAUUGGGGCGAAAGUUGAACUAAAAAGAGAAAGUAAAAAAGAAGAAACGAUUGAACCGAAAAUAUUGAAGGAUAAAAAUGAAUAUCCGAGAAUUUCUUCUAUAGAUAUUACGAAACAAUAG